UUGCAGGAAGGAGGAAAGGGCAGGCGGGCCAGCCGCCAGCCGCCCGGGGAGACCCCGGCCAGCCGCCCGGGCCCUCCGCCGGGACACGGGCACCCGCACCCCCACGCGUGCAGGGACAGGGACACGGGCGCAGCCACACACCCCCGCGGGGCGGGGCGGAGCGGCGCCGGGACGCCAGGGCAUCCAGCGGCGCGGCCGCCCCCCGCUCCCCCGCGGCGGGCGGGAGGCCUAUGGGGGCGCGGCGCCGCUGCCCCAGCGCCGGCAGCCCCUCCCCGCCGCUGCCUGCGGGAGUGGGAAUAAAGACAGAUAGCGGGGCAGGCACCGGCCGGGCGGGGAGGGAGAGCGCGGAAAGUUUCCGUCGGAGCCCGCGGGCGGCGGCAGCGAUGCCCGUGCUGCGCGGAGCGCUGGGGCUGGGCGGGCGCCGCCGGCCUUAGGGGGAAGCGAGAGCGGCGCGGGGCCCGGCAGCGAGCCCCCGGCCCGGCCCGGCCCGGCCUCCCCUCUCCUCCGGGCGGCCAGGAGGAAGCGCCCCGGGCAGGGACGGGAAAGCGGCGCCGGCCGGAGCGCGGGGAGGGGGAGCGGCACCGCGGGGACCGCCGCCGGCAGAGCCCGGGGGAAAGAUGAGCUUGUUGUCAGCCAUCGACACCAGCGCCGCGUCCGUCUACCAGCCCGCCCAGCUCCUCAACUGGGUCUAUCUCUCGCUGCAAGACACGCACCAGGCCAGCGCCUUCGAUGCCUUCAGACCCGAGCCCUCCUCGUCCCAGCACCCCGACCUCGGCUACACCAAGAGCACCCCGGAGCUGGGCUCCUCGCUCAGCUCCAGCUAUCUCAACAGCUUCUUCCAGCUCCAGCGGAGCGAGGCUCUGAGCAGCAGUCUGUACAAGAGCGCAUCCCCUUAUGGCUCUCUUAAUAACAUUGUGGAUGGGUUAAGCUCCCUCACUGAGCAUUUCUCUGACCUAUCCCUUUCUUCAGAAGCAAGAAAACCCAGCAAGAGGCCACCUCCUAAUUACCUGUGCCACCUCUGCUUUAACAAGGGACACUACAUCAAAGACUGCCCACAGGCUCGUCCAAAAGGAGAAGGCCUGACACCAUACCAGGGCAAGAAACGCUGCUUUGGUGAAUAUAAGUGCCCCAAAUGCAAGAGAAAAUGGAUGAGUGGAAACUCCUGGGCUAACAUGGGACAAGAAUGUAUCAAGUGCCACAUUAAUGUUUAUCCUCACAAACAGCUAUCCAGAAAGCUGGAAAACCCUUCUAUUCUCUGGAUUAUAAGCUCUUCUUGCAGCAUUCCACAGCAAAAAAAUAAGUUUCAAAUGUCUGUUCUUCCUGUCCACAGGGUCUCAGAGACCCCUGGAGAAGCCGGACGGCCUGGAUGUUUCAGAUCAGAGCAAAGAACAUCCCCAGCAUCUGUGUGAGAAGUGCAAAGUUUUGGGCUACUACUGCCGCCGUGUGCAAUAAACCUUCGAAGUGGCCUCUUCCCGUCCCCAUCGUCCUUAAAGAUCCUCUGGCAGCAUGCGAUCAACAGCAACACAACAAAUCAAGAUAAAAGCUAAAAUAAUUGCCAAUAUUGCCUACCUAAUAAUAAGCCUUACCAUUAAUAGAAUGUAACAUUUCUCCUGUGCAUGCACAUACAUGCAACAGGUAUUUACAGGACUACAAUUUGUAUACAUACAUAUAUAUGUGAAUUUAUAUAUAUGUACACACACAUAUAUAAAGUGUUACUGAUAGCGUUCACAACAGAACCAUGGUUGCAGGUUCUGCUGAUUGUUUACACAGACCCUAUAUCAAGGCCAGGUGAAAUGAAGUACUAUUCAACAGGCAAGGUAUAAUAUUCACAAGGAAUAUAUGUUACAUGUAUGGCUUUUGCAGAGGUUAAAUAACUGUGGGGCCACCAAUUGCAAGCACUCACCCACAACAUGAACAUUAUUCCUAUUAUAUGACAAGAUAAAGGAAGAUGAAACAAGCGAUAGCAUAAAAGAAGGAAAAAUACUGUUUUCCCGGUUUUAGAAAGUCUGAGUUUUGCGCUACUGAUUUCUUGGACUUUUUCUGUUUGUUACCAUUGCUUGGGCAGGGCUUAGGCAAAAUCGUUUUUGCAGGAUGUGGCAAAAAAAAGUGGAUAAUUGUUUGAGGGUGUGGGUUGGGUAGAAAGGGAAUGCCAUAAUGGAACCCAGAGCAUCAGGAAGCAUUCCAAGAGGAUUUUGGAGGAGACAAAAUUGGCUUGCUUGAGUGACUAACAGAUCCUUCUCUUGUCAUAUAAUCCCACUAAAAUGGUCCCUGCAUGUGUAUGGGUCAUUCAUUAGGCCACAAGCACACUAAAUUUACUGUGAAUAAGGGGGGAUAAGAAUACUUACAACUGUCCUGGAAACCCUUAAUUGAAAGAUUAGCCAAACUUACUAUUUAUAAAAGUUUUAAAGCCACUUCCAGGAACUAUUUUUAUGUCCUGUUUUCUACUGUACAAAUUUGUUAUAAUAUAAAACUUGUUAGCCAUAGGGGUGUUUUGAGGCACGAAGAACACUCUAUAUUACCUUCCCUCUUUAUGUCUUCCUGAAGCACCUACAUACCUGAGGAGAAAUGUAGGAGUUCUAUUUCAUUGCCCCAUUUCAGGUUGAACUUUGUGCAGGGACAUCCUGCUGCAAAGCAGUAUCUCAUCAGGGACUGGGAAAUAUCGUGAACUGAAUGUACCUCGAGAUAGUAUCCUGCUUGUAUGGCUCCACAAGAGUACAUUGGCAAAAGGACACAACAAGCAAUUCACUUGCAGCAUUCACUAAAAAAAUUACAGGGAUACCCUUAGUUUGAGGGGGUUUUAUUCAACUAUUUUUAUUUUUAUGAAGUUUCCUUUAGAGAGACUGAUUUGUGUAAAUGAUACUUUGUGGAAAUACUUUAAACCCUAAAUAACUUGAUAUGAAUUGAAUUUGGUUUUGGGAUUAAUUCCGUAACACUAAGACAGAGGGAGUUUUAUGCCAAGUGAUAGCAGGAUGUUACCAGUACGUACAGUCAAGCUCUUGUAAAGCAAACUGAACAUUUAGAGUUUUCAGAGCAUUCGUAUAGAAAAUGUGAAGCUCUUUACCAAUUUGCUCUAGGGUGAAACUUUAGCCAUUUCCCUGCUUCGCAAUAAACAGGGCAAAAUUGUUUCUGCUUACUCUGGUGGUAGCACCAUGUACUUAUCUUGCAAAACCCCAAGUGACCCAGCCUACUGCUCAGAGCAAUGGAUAAACAGUGGGACUCCUGGCUUCUGACCACGGCUCUUUCAUUAGCUCCCUGAUUCUGAGCGAGUCACAAGAUCCUUCUGGACCUCAGCUUCCCCAGCUGCAAAAUGGGGAUAAUAAUACUUUCAUUACCUACCUCACAGGAGAGUUGUGAGGCUUACUUAAUAUCUUUAAGUGCUUUGUCAUCACUGGAUGAAAAGUGCUAUGUAAUGCUGAAAUAGUAUUAACUAAAUUAAUUAUUUUGAAACCAGUUUUGCCCAGUUGGCAAUUCCAUUAACUAAAAUAGCUAAAAACAAUAUUAUUGAAGGUUAACACUAAUAACAGUUCAGUUGCCUCAGUGAGGAUACAGUUUUAGCGUUUUCAAAUGGAAACGCAUUCUUUUACACAGACUCAGAAAUUACCUUGGAGGCAAACGCUCUAAACAAGGAUACUAAUCUGCCCAUACCAAUAAGAACAAAAAAAAAUACACAGCCAGAUCUAGGGGUGGAUUUUCAAAGCCUGACCUCUAGCAUUAAUCUUGAUAGUUUGUUUCAAGCAUGAGUAAUUUUGGAAGAGCUGCGUACUAAAUGAUUAUUUUUUCCCUCUGGAGCACUUAAUAUAGUACGGGGGGCGGGGGCAGUGGGGGAAUCACCUUGAUGCUUCACAUCCAGCUAAAGGACAUGUAGAGAAACCCCCUUAGAUGAAGAUAAGGGAAAAUAUUAUUUUAUUUUCUCCUGAAAUUAAGGUGUUACCAACCAUUUUUUUCUGUGUUGAAAUAAUUUCCAUCUUAUGAUAACCACUAGAUGAGUAAAAUAGCACAUGCCUUGCUUUAGCUACAUCAAUAUACAGCACAUCACCAGGUUCUGAACAAGGCCCAACUAAAAGAUACCAUUAUAUGCAAUUGUCUCUAUUUUCAUGCCAAUGCCCUGUUAAAAAUUGUUUAUCCAGAUUCAACACUGUGGCAAUGCCUUCAGCUUAUGGAUUUUGAGGUUGUACUAAAAAUACACAUGAUCUACUUUAACACAAUUAAUGUCUGUAGGUAUAGAAUAAUAAUUCUUAAGAGCAUACUUAACCACAGUUCAAUAUUUAUACCAUUGAUACGUUCCUAGGCAGCAGAGAUGAAAUAUUUAAGUAAUUUUUAGCAUCUUUGAAAUAAUGAGCAGGAGAACAGAUUUUUCCCCUGCACUCAUGUUGGAGAAAAACAAACAAAGAACAAAACGCACAGAAAAGCAAGAUGCAACACUGCCGUAGUUUGUACUGCCGAACUCAGAGACUGCAAAUCCAUCCUGGUGCGGGAUGUGGAUGUGAUCAGGCCCUGGGCACCCCAGGGCUGGAAGCAGCUUGCUUGCCUUGCUAUCCCUGACAAAAGUGGGGUGAGGAGGGAGAGUGACUGGGGGUCCCUGGAGAGCAGCCACAACCCUCUCUCCCCUGCAGCCGCGGGCCUAAACUCCAGCUUCCCCUCAGCCGUGUGGGGCAUCCCCUUGUUUUCUGUCCUCACUGCACAGGGCUGAAACCUCGUUUCCCUAAUGAGCUGGUGCCUGGGAAGGCAGGAGCAGCAGGCUUGUGCGUGGGGAGUGCUCCUCUGUCUCUCCCUGCGUGAGGUUUGCUUGUAGGAUUAUAGCAUUCAGCUCUGGGCAUUUGCUUCAUGUUUGUCCGUAUGUAGUUUGUGGGUUGCUGUGCAUAAGUAAUGUACAAUAGCUCAUGACUGUUGGCUUUUAGUUAAUGGCACAGAUCAGAAAUUUCUUUAAUGUUGAUUUCAAAAAAGAAAAAAAAAGAUUGAUUGUAAGAUGUAGUUUUCUUCUCUUCCUCCCUCCCCAACCACAAUUCACCUGUAGACCUAACUAACUCUUUCCAAAUUGGAAAAACCUUAAAAAUUCAGAUUUUUUGACUUGUAAGAAAAUUAGUUGAUUUACCUUUUAGAUUUUUCCAGAUGCUUUCUGAUGUUUUUUUUUUAUCAGCUGUGCAUUUAGAACAUCACCUAGUAGUCCUCGAAGGCAUUUUUAGACAGUCUUACCAGAAGCAAAGUAAGCAUCAGUAAAAAGAUUUUUGAAUCAACACAGGCCUGCCUAAGCUGACUAUGCUUUAUGGGGGUACCUGAGAGAAAUUUGGCUCUGUGCAUUUAUUCGGCAAAUCAGGUUUUGAACCUCAGAUGUUUGCUGUUGCUUGCCUACCAAUCCAUCCAUCUUUUUUGCCCUCUUUGGAGAUUUUUAAACUUUCAUUUAUUCCUUAAAAAAAACAACCAACCACCAAAAAAACCCACCAAACUAAUCAUUUGUUCCCUCAGUCAGAACAUUUCACAUGGAAUUUGUCCUUGGCAUUGGCACUGCUCUGGAGAAAACUAUCAGUGAUUUGAAAUGCAUGGUGUACAUUUUUAGCUGCUUUAACUUGAUGUGGCUCCAACAAAGGUGUCAAGAAUACUUCAUUUAAUGGUGAAGAAGAAAAAUCCCUGUAGUUUAACGGGUGGCCCCAUUUUAGCCAGUUUCUACUGCUGCUACCAUGGACAUAAAAUGACACCACAUAAGCAAGUUUUGAGGCCUUUUUGUCUCAAAGUUGCUUCUUAAUUUCAGACAAAUACACAAGAGUAUAUAUUAUUUCUGAAAAUAGGUGUAUUUCAAAAGUUCCCCAUUAUAUGGGACUUAGCUUGUAAUCUAAAAAUGUGAAGUUACCUAUGUCUGAGAGAAGCCUUAUACCGAAAAGUAUUCUCUACAUUUUACCUUUUUGUAUGAUGUGAAAUUUAGAUUAUACACGGGUUCCAUACCUGUGACGGUCUAGCAGUUAUUCCAAAAAUGAAAGUACUUAAAUUAAAAGUUAAGAGCUUUUGUCAAUGUCAGACUUCAUAGAUUAGUUCUCUCUUCUGCAGUCACGUAGAAUUUUUUUUUUUCCUAGUAUGGAUCCUGAGAGCUGUCCACUGAACAGUAUGCGAUAAAUCAUCAACACGUGUUUUUCAAGUUAAGUGAAUUGACAUACAUUUUCCACUUGCCUUUGCCAACAUAUUUUAAAAUAUAUGAUGGAACUAUCCCCGUAACAACAAAAAAAAAAUCAUUCUUUAAGAUAUCACUCCACUCCCGAUUGGGCUUCAACCCGUCAUCUCUUUCCUAUCUGCAAAACCACUGCUGUCCAUUCAGUUUGCUAUGUUGCUGAAGUGCUCAGAGGGCUGUUUGAGAUCUUCAAUAUAGGGAUGAUGGUUUGUGUUUCUAGGAUAAAAUUCAAAGGGACAAUCGUGUGCAGUUACUAGCUAUAGAUGAUUGAUAUAAAUGUUUACCCCUGUAUGAAGUAUUUUACAGUUUUACUUGCAGAUGUGUAUUUAUCUUGAGUUAUACUUGACAUAGAGUUUCUUUCAAUUUUUUUUUAAUACUAUGUGUGUAUUUUGGAAACCUUUUUAGAUGUUAAAAUUUUUGAAUGGUUACAAAUAUUUCUUGUAAUACUGAAUUGUUUGUUAUCUUAUCUGGAAACUCUUUGCAGUAACUUUUUUGUAUAUAUUUGAGGGCCUUUUUAAAAAAAGUAUUGUUUGUUUUUUGGGAAAAGUUUUUUACAAUUUGGAAGCUUUCAGAAGGGCCUUCCUCUCAACUAGGAUACUAACAGAGGUAAGAGUUUUCUUAAUUAUUUUGCAGAACUAAGGAUGUAUCCUCAAGAAAAUAUUUAUGGAAGUAAUUUACUUUUUUUUUUUACAAUGCUUUUGUCUGUAUAAAGUAUGCAACAGAACUACAUUAAGAAGGAAAUAUUGUCUACAUAAAAUAUUAUAUGAAAGUUGGUACAUAAUUCUGACAAAAAACCUUGCAAUUCUUUAAGCCAUAUUGUUUUUGUUAUCCUUGGAUGAAAAUAUCAGUAUUAAGUAACCAGUAUAUUAUUCAAGUGCUUAGACUUAUAUGAAAAUGCUUAUACAGUUUAUUUAUGUGUAUUUGGGGAAGGAUUGCUAGAAAAAGCUAUCACUAGACAUAUAGCAAGUGAGGAGCAAGUAACAGUAUACUGUCACUUUAUGGCCUUGUGAGAGACACAGAAGAUGCUGAAAGCGCCACAGAGACUUGGCUUUCAGCAACUCCGAAGCACAAGCGUUGGGUUUCAAAUAGUGGUUCUUUCCCAUAACCAGAGGGGAAGAGAGUUGGUUGGGACGCUGUUUGACAACUUGACUUUCACAACUCUUUGCAGACUGUGAGCUCAGCUAUGCAGUUAUCGGCUACAGCAAUAAUAUCAAAGGACGUAAGAGAAAAGGAUUGAAGUAGUUUAUUGUAGAAGUGUAUGUUUAUUUUAAUUAGAACUCAUAGCAAUAUAGAAUAUGCAUGUGCACGUAUUUGAAGCAUUUUUACACUUUACAUUUCAUGUAGUUUGAUUAUAUUAUGAAGGAUUGGGGUUUUAGUUUGAUAUUUUACCAUGCUAAAAUGGGAGGUCUGCCCAACCCUGUACUGGAUUCUUGUUUCCUUUAAAAGGUUAUUUAGUACAGCACUCACUGCAUCGUGUACUAGUGCUAAAACUAACACUGUAUCUUAGGAAUUUCUUCAGCUUUAAAAAAAUUAACCUAAUUAUUAUUACAUUUGUUUAGCUGUACCCACUGACCUUGUCAGAUUCAGUUGGCGAUUUGUAUAAUUUCUUUUUCUGUAACUGUUAAUAAACUUGUACAGCUAAAACAAACAAACAAAAUCUAUGGACAAAGGCCUCAGAGGUGCCAGUUCUGCUUCAGCAAUCAAGAUGACAGCUUGUUCAUCUGGUGACUGUGUUGCUAAAGAGACUGUAAAACCUCUGUUGUGGAUUGUCCAUAAAAUGGCAUUCCGACAUGUGCCUUA